AUGGACGACGACGACGACGACGACGACGAGCGGCCAAUUGAGGAGGGGGGGGCGGGGCGGCGCUACGGCUGGCCCUUAUUUUUUUUGGCGACGGUGUUCGGGGCCGUGUCCUGGACGACGACGGCGGCGGUGGUCCUGGAGCUGAAGCGGUCGCUGGGGACGAGCGUGGCGUCGACGGUCGAGAUCGCCCUGUUCACGACGUGGGCGACGAGCCUCGGCGCGUCCUUGAGCCUCGUCGUCGAGCUGUGCUGCGGUGCAUCGACCCGGGGCGUCCUCGCGCGGCUCGGGCCCGCGACGUCCGAGGCGCCGCCGUUCGUCGCUCUCUACCUGGGUUAUAUGUUGCUCCAGGGCUGCGCGCUGCUCUUAGUCUCCGCGACGGUCGUCGCGCUGGACUCGUCGGCGUCCAUGGUGCUCUGGAGCGCGGCCCUGAGCGCCGCAUACCUCGGGGCGGCGCCGACGCGGAACGAGCUCGCGGGCCUCGGCCUCAUCGCGGGCGCGCUGCUCGUCGUCGGCGGCGCGGAGGAGGCGCUCGGCGGCGGCGACGACGACGGCGCCCUCGCGUCGCUCUCGGCCGACGCGUCGAUCGGCGUCGGCGCCGCCUUCGCCAUGGGCGCGCUCUACGCGGGGACGAACGUGCUCUACGAGCGCGUCCUCACCGCGCGGGGCGACGCGGUCCCCGCGCUGGCCCUCAACGGCGUCGUGUGCGCCUCGUGUUUCCUCCUCCUCACGGGCGUCGCCUACCCGGCGCUCGGCGCGGCCGGCGUGCUCGACUCCGGGUGGGCGUGGCUCGGCGCGAUACGAGGCACGCCGGGCAUGGCCGCGCUCUUCCCGGCCUUCGUCGCAUCCAAGCUGCUCUGGUACAGCCUCGAGACGCUCCUCGUCAAGGAUAUGGGCGCAAUCUGGACCGCCAUCUCUGGCGUCGCGCUCAUCCCACUCCUCUGGCUCACGGAGCUCGUCGCGCACUACGCUUUUGACGCCUUCUUCGGCGUCUCCUGGACAACGCCGGACUCGUGGUGCCAGCUCGCGGCCCUCUUCGCCCUCGUCCUCGGAGCUGUUAUCUACUACGGGCUCUGGGUGGUCGUACCCGAGCCCGAGGAGACCGACGCCGCGCCGAGCCCGAAGCCCGCGGCGGAGCCCCUCAUAAGCAAAACUAACCCUUGA